CAAGUUUCACAGACAUCAAUAUAGAAGAGGAAGAAAAUUUUGUAAAUAACUUAAUAACUGAACUUAACACACGCAGAAAUUUAGACAUGCUAACAAUUAUUUUAUUAAUUAUAUUUUUGUCUUUAAAAGUG